UUUCUUGGACGAUAGGGAAAUUUUUGCAAUAGAACUUAUGGAAGUGGUCCCGCGUUUUAAGUAACCACGCUUCUGUUUGAAACAAACAAAAACACAAUGGGAAAUCAUUCGUAUGUUGAAACUAUGAGACAUUAUUUCCAAAAUUGCGGACGCGUUAAAGAUAUUCCGGCUCAUUCGUCUAAGGUGCAUUCUGUGGACUGGAACUGUGAUGGAAAACGUUUAGCAUCGGGAAGUUUCGAUAAAACUGUUAGCAUCUUCAGCUUAGAUCGUGAUCGACUGAGUAAAGAAUAUACAUUCAAGGGUCAUUCGGAUAGUGUUGAUCAGCUUUGCUGGCAUCCUGGAAAUCCUGAUCACUUAGCAACUGCUAGCCUUGAUAAAACAGUUCGGAUAUGGGAUGCAAGAACCCAGAAAUGUGCUGCUACAGUUCCAACCAAAGGAGAAAAUAUUAACAUUUGCUGGUCUCCUGAUGGACAGACAAUUGCUGUUGGGAAUAAAGAAGAUCUAGUAACUUUUAUUGAUGUGAAAACUCAUAAAAUAUUAAAAGAUCUCCAAUUUAAAUUUGAAGUGAAUGAAAUAUCUUGGGAUAAUGAAAAUGCAUUUUUCUAUCUCACUAAUGGCCAAGGAUGUAUUAACAUUUUAAGUUAUCCAGAUUUACAGUUGAGAUGUGUAUUGACAGCACAUCCUGCCAACUGCAUCUGCAUUGAAUUUGAUCCUGUGGGAAAAUAUUUUGCUACAGGUAGUGUUGAUGCACUGGUCAGUCUCUGGGAUGUCCACGAAUUGGUCUGUGUCAGGACAUUUUCAAGGUUGGAAUGGCCUGUGAGAACCAUUAGUUUCAGUCAUGAUGGAAGGAUGCUUGCUUCUGCUUCAGAAGAUUUGCUGAUCGACAUCGCUGAUGUAGAAACAGGUGAAAAAAUAGCAGAAGUUCCCUGCGAGUCACCCACUUUCACUGUGGCUUGGCAUCCGAAACGCCACCUCUUGGCAUUUGCCUGUGAUGACAGAGACAGAGAUGCAGGAACAGUUAAAUUGUAUGGACUUCCAGCAGAUUCCUAGUGUGACUGCCUUUUAUUUCCAUU